AUGCGUGGCUCUUGAAGAGCACGCAAAGGAUUCUUUCUGAUCUGUCCGAUAAUUAAACUGCGACUGUCUUCAGCCAUUGCUCAUCCUUCUGCAAUCUCUUCUGUGCAACCCGAUGUAAACAUGAUCCAUCUGUGAUACUGCUCAUCUACACUUACCGGGUUUAUUCUCACAAUUACAUGAGAUUAAGUCCUAGUUUACAUUGUAGAUCAAAUUCAGAUUCUUGUUGUGAGCAUUACAUCAUAACUGCAUCAUGUGUUCUGGCUGUUGUUAUGUAGGGACAUGAAUAACAGACUGUGUGUGUAUUACGGGUGCAUGAUACUAUUUUAUGUACUCUGCAAUGUGUCCCAGAACAGUUUUCUGUUUCAGAUUGUGACCGCUUUAAUAAUAAGCAGAAGUUUAUCAAAUAAUUGAUAGAUGAAUGUUAUGUAACUAACCCCUGCAACAACAAACAGCAUGGAUCUCUCAGACAAAAUGGCAGUGGAAAAGCGCUUGGCGUAUUCUAUCGUCCAGUUCCUGAGAGAUCAGACUCACUGUGGCUCGCUGAAUUCAGAUGAACAGGAGAGUCUGGAAGUUGCAGUCCAGUGUCUGGAGACCACCUUCAAGAUCAGCUCCAGAGACUACCAUCUUGCCGCCCCUCAGCCGCUGAGAGAGAUAUUCCUCAACUCGCUCCUCAAAAAUGAUAUCGUCGCGCUACCCGAGACGUCUCCAUCUCCAGAGGACAUCGAGAGAGCGGAGCAGCUGAAAAAUGAGGGGAAUAACCACAUGAAAGAGGAGAACUACAGCAGUGCUCUGGACUGUUACACAAAAGCCAUCGAGCUGGACCAGAGAAACGCGGUGUAUUACUGUAACAGGGCCGCGGCUCACAGUAAACUGGGACACUACACCGAGGCUACAGGGGACUGUGAGCGAGCCAUCGCCAUCGACCCGGCGUACAGCAAAGCUUACGGCAGAAUGGGAUUGGCACUGACUUCCAUGGGCAAGUAUCCCGAGGCGAUCUCUUAUUUUAACAAAGCUCUGGUGUUAGAUCCUGAAAACGACACGUACAAAUCCAACCUGAAGAUAGCAGAGCAGAAACAAAGAGAGGCUUCCAGCCCUACGGCCACAGGACUGGGCUUUGACAUGGCCAGCCUCAUCAAUAACCCCGCUUUCAUUAGCAUGGCUGCCAGUGUGAUGCAAAACCAACAGGUGCAACAACUCAUGUCGGGCAUGAUGUCUAACGCAGUGGGGGGACCUGCGGCCGGAGUCGGGGGAUUAUCUGACAUAUCCAGUCUCAUCGAAGCUGGACAGCAGUUCGCGCAGCAGAUCCAGCAGCAGAACCCAGAGCUGAUCGAGCAGCUGAGGAACCACAUCCGGAGUCGCUCGUUCAGCGGCAGCGCCGAGGAGCAGUCCUGAUCCUGAUCCCAGCAGACAGGAUGAAGAACUGAAGGAGGGCAGGAGAAGAGGCGCAGGUGCAAUCGUUUAAAUCAUUCUUCUAUUCUACUCCGACCCAAGAUAGAGGGCAUGGCACUUUAUAUGAAGGAAUCAAUCACCUUAUACACAGAGAACGUUAUCUUAAUACCCAAGUGAGGUUUCUUUGUGUUUGUGUGUGUGUAGAUAAUGUUUCAGUCCUCUCUUUAUGAAUGUAGCUGGUAAUGACACAUCAGAGUUGAGUUUAUUUUACUAAACGAAUGAUUGAUUGAUUAUGUGUUUGUGCCUAUUAUUAAUAUCCAAUUACAUAUUUAGGGAUAGUUCAGUCCUAAAAUGACAAUUCAGUCGUGAGGGUGAGUAAAUGAUGACAGAAUUGUCGUUUUUGGGCGAACUAUCCCUUUUAACUCAUUCUCUGAUUAUUUUUAUUAUAUAUUCUGUUCGUUUUAGGAACAAGAGACGUUUAUGUGUAAUAUUCACUGUAUCAGCUGCUUCACCAGUCGUUUGAUUCAUCGGUAAUGACGGCAAAGUAUUGCUAUGAUAAGCAUAUUCAUAAUCUCACUGUUUGCGGUUUUCUUUUGCAUGCUCCAUAAUCUGACACUUGCAGUCAGAUGAGUGAUUGAAGCUUCUGUAAUAUGCUUAUAAAACAGACCAGUAUAAUGUUUUUGUCAAAAAUAAUGUUAAUAAAUGGGUCUUGAAAUUGA